AUGGACCUCGGUGGUUUGGAGACAGUGGUGGCAAACUCUGCCUAUGUCUCCGCCCGUGGCAGCGUGGAUGGAGCUGCAGCAGCUGCCAUGCGUGACAAGAAGAUGCGCGCCAGGCUGAAUCUCCCACACAUCAGAGAUUGUGAACACAUGAAGGCAUCAGUAGAUACAACCUUUGACAGCAUGUGUGUCAAACAGCCCAUUGGCAAGCGCUUGUUCCAGCAGUAUCUAGACAGUGAAGCCACCCAUAAAAAUACCGGAGACCUGUGGAAAGACAUGGAAGACUACAGCGUAUGCCAAGAGAAGGACAGAGUGCAGAAGGCCCAAAAAAUAAUCAAUAAAUACUAUGAGUCAUCAUCCAAGAAUUUUUGCAGCUUUCUGGAGGAGAAGGCUGUCACUCGAGUGAAGGAAGACUUCAAGAACGUCCGUGGUGACCUGUUUAAAGAGAGUGAGCAGCAGCUGCUGAAACACCUGGAGCAGAAGGCCAUAGAGGGCUUUAAGACCAGCAUGUACUUCCUGCGUUUUGUUCAGUUCAAAUGGCUGGAGAGCCAGGCUGUUGAUGAGGAGUGGUUCAUGGACUUCAGGGUCCUGGGUAAAGGAGGUUUUGGGGAAGUGUUUGCUUGUCAGGCUAAAGCAACCGGCAAAAUGUAUGCCAACAAGAAGCUGGAGAAAAAGAGGCUGAAGAAACGCAAAGGCUACCAGGGAGCAAUUGUGGAAAAGCGUAUCCUUGCAAAAGUCCACAGUCGCUUUAUUGUGACGCUGGCUUAUGCCUUCCAGACCAAGACUGACCUCUGCCUAGUUAUGACCAUCAUGAAUGGUGGCGAUCUCAGGUUUCAUAUGUACAAUGUGGAUGAAAAAAAUCCUGGUUUUGAUGAGAAUAGAGCACGUUUCUACACAGCUCAGAUCAUCUGUGGACUGGAGCACCUUCACCAGCACAGGAUCAUCUACAGAGACCUGAAACCAGAGAACGUACUGCUGGAUGAUGCAGGACACGUCCGCCUGUCAGAUUUGGGUCUGGCUGUUGAACUUCCACCAGAAAAAAGCACAACUACUGGAUAUGCUGGAACUCCAGGUUUCAUGGCUCCAGAGUUGCUCCAGAAGAAGGAGUAUGACUACUCAGUGGACUAUUUUACUCUUGGAGUCACCUUGUUUGAGAUGAUCGCAGCCAAAGGACCCUUUAGAAUACGAGGAGAGAAGGUUGAAAAUGAGGAGGUAGCUCGCCGAAUCUUGAAUGAUCCAGUUGCAUAUACACCAAACUUUAGCAAAGAGUGCAAGGAUCUUUGUGAAGGCCUGAUGGCCAAGGAUCCAGCAAAACGCCUUGGCUUCAAAAAUAAUGACUGCGAGGAGCUCAAGAAUCAGCCCUUCUUCAAAGAAAUUAACUGGGGCCGUCUGGAAGCAGGUAUGCUACCGCCACCAUUUGUCCCUGAUCCUAAAAUGGUCUAUGCCAAAGAUAUUACUGAUGUGGGCGCGUUCAGCACAAUCAAAGGUGUGGUGCUGGAUGACACGGACACUGCAUUCUACAAUGACUUUGCUUCUGGCAACAUCCCAAUCCCCUGGCAGGAGGAGAUGAUUGAGACAGGUGUGUUUGGAGAGCUGAAUAUCUGGGGAGAAGGUGGCAAGCUUCCCAAUGACCUCGACCCAAACUAUGUGGCAGCCAAAGGUGGAGGAUGUGUGCUCCUCUAA